AUGCUUUCCUUAAGAGCGCUCACCCGGGCCGUGCCCAGGACCCUAUUCCAGAGAUCAACAGUCCGAUGCCUUUCAUCAGUUUCAAGGACUCCCUUGUAUCGACCCGUCUGGCAGCCGGCAACCAGAAUAUCCUAUCCCGCUUUCUCAACAUCAUGCUCGCGUCGAGAGCCUGCUGGCGAGUCUGAUCAAGAACUGUCGGCCAAAAUCGACCAAGAAUAUACCCUCGAGGUUGAGAACAAUGACAACUCCAAACUUGAGCAGCUCAAUCAAUAUCUAAGAGAGAGUUCCUUCGAGGUCACAGACAAACCGGGCACCCAUGAAGUCGCCCUCACGCGAGAGUUUGGCAACGAACAGAUCAAGAUCGAGUUCAGCAUAUCUGACAUCAACAACUUGGACGCUGAAGAGUACGAUCAAGCGGAGGAGGAUUCUGCAUUUGACGACGAGGCAGAAUACGAUGAUGGCAAAAACGCCAUCAACCAGAGUGGUGUAAGAGGGGGCAAGGUCGAUGUUCUGCCUGAGGACAGUAUCGCUCCAGCAGAUAGAGACGCUGGAGAACUUCCAGAGGACUAUCGCUCCACCCCAGGAUUCCCUAUAUCGCUCGUCAUCACAAUCACCAAGCCCGGUGACCAAGCGCUCCGGAUUUCAGCGGUGGCUGCAGACGGCGCGAUCGAGAUCGAAACAGUCAACUACGUACCCAAGGCAUCGGCCUUGCAGGCAGAGACCGGCAAGGAGGCGCAGGAAGCACACGCUCGAUAUGAAGGUCCGCCUGUUGGUAACCUCGAUGCUGAGCUGCAGCUCCUACUAGAGCGAUACCUCGAGGAACGAGGAAUUAACGCCGAGCUGGCCAACUUCCUUCCGGACUACGUCGAGUACAAGGAGCAGAAGGAAUACGUCUCUUGGCUUCAGAAUUUGAAGAAGUUUGUUGACAUCUAA